UCCACAAUGCCCCGUGUCAAACCCACGACCAAAUUAGGCGUUUAUGGCCAAUAUGAUCUUAAUCCAGAAAAGGCAGUUACGUUAUAUACGGAAUCAAAAUUACAGAAUCAAUACUACAUAAAAACGCCAAACUGGGAUGUUGCCCGUUUGAGCUUUGAACUAAAAGGGAUCCAAAGUAAUCGAGAGUAUGAAGAAGUUACUAAAGAACAGAACCGUAUGCGAGCUCAUUCCCAUGAGCAAUUUCAAUUGAAUGAAAAACGACUGAACGAGGCAGACAAACAACUGCAGAUACUAUGGGAAAACUUUGUAGAAGUUAAUGACUUCCUAAAAGAUUGUGAAAUGAAAGAAAACGACUGUUAUCAAGCUAAGGAAGACGAGAAAAGGAAGCAAGAGGACUAUCACAACAAAAUACAGCAAAUGGAUAAGGAUUUAGCGGUUUUGAGGGACUUUGUGAACAAAUACGAACAUACGAUAGAAAAAUACCAGCCGUUUGAAAGUGUGCUCACAGAAACUAUUGAACAUUCAGAUACGUAUGGAACGCUAGAGGAUUUAAUGAAACGAUGCGAUUCAUUGCUUCUUGCACAGGUAGAAAUUUCUGAGAUAGAGCAACAGAAAAUUCAAGAAAUAGAAAAAAUACGGGAUAGUCUGUUGGAAUCUACAAAAGAAGCGUUGCAUAUAGUUACAGGCUUAAACAACGAUCUUUCAGAGUUGCAGGGACGAUACGUACACGCAUGGGAAGAGUGCUUGAAAUGGGAAAAGUCUAUAACAACGGCAAAAAACUACAUGGCAGCAAACGAGAUGAAAACCAACUGCAUGCUUGAUGCGAUUUAUCAUUUGUACAGUUUGAUUCGCAAACGACGCGGGGAACAGCCAAUUUUUUUACGUGGAGAUGUUGAAAAGCAGUUGGACUUUAUCAAGGAAGAGGCAGGAAUUAUGCAGCAAAUUCAUACUCUUGCUGUCAAGAAAUUGGCAAAGGAAAACAUGAGUUUGGCGGCAGAGAAGGGUUCAGUCAAGGCCAAACCCAUCAUUUUUCCUGCAACGAAGAAACCGAAGGCUUUCGGAAUUUAACACCUUAAUCAAACAAUACUGCUUUUUUGUCAUUGAAUCAUUUAUAUAUAUAUAUAUAUUUUAUUAUAGCUUUACUUCAGUUCCGCAAGAUAAUACGAUUAGUUCAUAUAUUUGUAAUCUUUAGAUAAAUAUAUGAUAUACU